CUAGAAUCCUAAAAUUGUAUUAGCCCCUUCUCUCUCAUCUUCUUCCCAGCCCGAUACCACCACUCUUUCUUUUCUUCUCUCGCAUCUCAGUCGGCCAGACCAAAUGAGCCAUCUCCAGCAACCACCCAAUGACACGCACCCCACCACAAGCUUCCUUGGCCCCCAAAACCCCCAACCCGUGAAGUUUGCCACCCCACUCGUCGGCAUCCGUCGCAACUGGCCCCCCGAAGUUCUGUCGCCGAUGUGAGUUUGGAGGAUUUUUCUGGCCUCCACCGUCUUCGAAACAAGAAUUCAAGGGAAUGGUUGGGUUUGUGAGCUCAAGAUAAGAAAAACCCCUAUGGAAAUUGGACUGAAAUGUCGCUGGAGGUGCUCACCAAUGUCAAGAACGACUUUCUUCUUCUUCUUGGAUAUCUGAAUGACUUCACCUGUGCUGGCCUCUUCGCUCCUAAUAGCUUCUUCUUCAAAACCAGGGCACUUCUGAGAGAAUUGCCUCCUUUUAUGAGCUUUGAUGUGUAUAUUAUUUGGUGUAAAGUAUAUAUAGAAGCAUUGGCUUAUGCUUAGAGGGCAUAUCUAUUUGUUAUAUUCAUUGAUUUCAGAUCUAUUCCAUGGAUAUACAUACACGGUAUGCUCUCUCUUCAACCCUUAUUGGUGGUGUAAUGGGUGCACAUGCUCAAUUAUGGGAGAUUUUGGAACAACAUAUUAGAAUGGCUCUCCCAAGUUUGAAGUCUGAGCUGAACUCAGAAAUGAAUGCUAUUGUUAAAGAACUUCAGACAUACGGAAAUGUUGUAGAGGCUAAUGUGGAAAAAGGAGUAGUUUUGUUGAACAUUUUGUCAAAAUAUUGUGAAGAUUUUUAUGCUAUGGUGGAUGGAAGUAGUCAGGAAAUAUCAACUAAAGAAUUGUCAGGUGGAGCCAGGAUCCAUUAUAUAUUUCAGUCAAUUUUUGUAAAGAGCUUGGAGGAAGUCGAUCCUUGUGAGGGUCUAAAUGAUGAUGAUAUUCGAAUAGCUAUUCAAAAUGCUACUGGUGCUAGAAAUGCAUUAAUCGUUCCAGAGGUCCCAUUUAGAGUUUUGGUUAGAAGGCAGAUUGCUCAGUUGUUGGACCCUAGUCUUCAGUGUGUCUGUUAUGUUUAUGAUGAACUGAUGAAGAUUAGUCGUGCUUGUGAAGUAACUGACUUGCAAAGGUUUCCAAAAUUGAGAAGGUGCAUGGAUGAAAUUGUGGUAAAGUUUUUACGUGAAGGUGUAAAGCCUGCUGAGAGAAUGAUAGGACAUCUUAUAGAGAUGGAGAUGCAUUAUAUAAAUUCUUCGCAUCCAAAUUUCCUAGGUGGCAGCAAAGCUGUUGAGCUUGCUUUGGAGCAAUUGAGAUCACAACAGGGCAUUGCAGAUGUUGAAAAGCCAAUAGAGAAAAGCCAGAAUUCUCGAGCUGUUAUUGCUAGGUCUCUUAUGAAUGGAGCUUUACUAACCCAGGGAAGUCGGUCUUCAAUGAACAAUGAGAAACCUACAUCAUCUGGAGUAAACACAUCAACAAGGACUUGGGGUAUUUCAUCUAUAUUUGGGACCAGGGGAUCGUCUGGAGGGAAUCCAUCUAACAGCAGAACCUUAGGCGAGCCUGAUGAUUCUGGUCAGAUGCCUUCUACAAUCCAAUUGAUUGAGCCCCCAUCCAUGUUAAGGCCACUUGAAGCUACAGAGAAUGAAACAGUCGAAAUUUUUGAAACCAAAUUACUCAUCCGAUCAUACUAUGACAUUGUCAGAAAGAAUAUUCAAGAUCUAGUGCCAAAAGCUACAAUGCAUUUUCUGGUGAACCACUCAAAACGGAAACUUCAGAGCACCUUUAUACAAAAACUUUACAGAUUAAAGCAUGCCAUCGGCUUCGAGAAGAAAGCCUCAUUGCUAGCUUGGAGAACAAAUCCUACCAUCGACCUAGAGAAGAAAGCCUCGCUGUUAACCUCUAUAGCCUCAUGCAAAGGCCUUUUUGCACUUAGCAGCUCCGGAGACUGAAGCCACGUCCAUCCUGUCGUCCUUUCCCUUCGCUCCUAGGUCUGGUAGAUUGAUAGAUGUUAGAUUUUCCAUCGAUGUUUGCCCACUAUAGUGUUGAGUCCACUAUCGAUCGCCCAUGCUUGAAGUUCGAAGAACAAAUCACUAGUGGAAAAAACUUAGAAGAAGAAAAAAAAUUAAAGAUUCUUAUUUAUUUUGGGUACUACUAUAUUUAUUUAGGAGCCUACACGUUUUUAUUUAUUUUCUUUAUUUAUUUGGGUACUAAUAUAUUUAUUUAAGAUUUUUAUUUAUUUUGGGUACUACACGUUUAAAAUUUUAUCACGAGCCACAUUUACAUUGA